AUGGAGGCCAUAGGUGAGAGCAUUAAUGUCUGGCACAAUUUCGUCCAUGCUGCUUGUGUCGAGGACUCGAAGCAGGAAGCAGUGCGCGAGUGUGGACAGUUGACCGGCCGCAUGGAAGAAGCCAAGAUUCACAGCAGCAUACGCAUUUCCAAGCUUGAGAAGGAAAAGCAAGUUCUAGAGGAGCGACUAGGCCUUGCAUCAGUAAUGCGAGUGAAAGAGCUUGAGGUCCAGAUUGCCGCUCGACCGGCUCAACUUCAAAUGCCUGCAGCAGGAGGAAGGAAUGAAGCUAGCACGGCGCCUGAACAGCAGGAGGGGUACACAAGAGACAAGGACGUGUAUCUCCGCAAAGAGUUGUAUUCGAAGGACACAGGUUCGCAUCUCAGCCGCAAAAUCUUUGCCGGAUUGAAAGAUGAAAAUGACAAUGACCCAUGGCCACAUAUCAAGAAAUUUCACGACAGCCUGAAGACGGUGAUUACAGCCAUGUCGAAAAGGCUUGUCGACAGAGAUGAGGUUGUCAGGCUUCUAGUUUUGGCAGUGGUGGCCAAACAACAUAUUUUGCUGUUCGGUCCACCCGGAACAGCCAAGAGCUACGUGGCGCACUUGUUGAGCCAGUUUCUCUAUGAUACUCAUGAAGAUUUUGGUGGAUUGUACUUCGAGGCGCAGUUUCAUCCAUCAACAACUGUGGAAGAUAUAUUCGGACCCACGAGCCUCAAUGACUUGAGACAGGGGCGCAUUCGACGCAAUGUCAACUCGAUGCUGCCAUAUGCGGCGAUUGCAUUCCUAGAUGAAGUGUUCAAGGCACAGCCGUCGUUACUGUCCUGCUUGCUCUCCACUUUGAAUGAGAGAUGCUUCAAGAACGGAAGCCAGAUGCUGAAGGACCUUCCAUUGUCUACAGCAGUGGUGGCCAGCAACGAAGUUCCACUUGAAGCUGGCGCUGGCGCACUGAUGGACCGCUUUUUGAUGCGGGUGCUGGUAGACUAUGUCAGUGCCGAUGGUCCAUCCGCAGGUGAUGACGUGCCGCUGAACAGGAUCAUGAACUCAAAGUUUGAAACCAGUGACCGAGACAUCCACCCUGUUUUUUCACUCAAGGAUGUCGACCUGUUGCACAAGAUUGCCAAGAAGCAGAUGGCACACCCGGCGGACAAAUGCGACACAACUUGGACAUGGAAGAAGAAAUGUGAGUACUUCCUGGUCCUGCAGAAUGAGGCAGAAGCGAAACGUUUGUUGGAUGAACAUUUUCUGGAGGACCGCGAUGGGUCGGUAACUGUAAAAAAGUCUGCUUUCAACCCCAAGCCAGCAGAUCUGCAAGCAGAUGCUACUCGUGGCUCGGAUUUCCAGUUCCAGAAGCUAGAGGCAGGAUGGAAACUUGAAGGGUACAAGUCGUGCAAAAAGUUGCGCGAAGCAGUGCUUCCUGAGAAGACAGCUGCUUCUGCUGAUGCCCAGUUUCCGGUCUUCCUCCGCUUCUCUGGGGGGCAGGAAGUUCGCAAGAUCUAUGACAUUGUUCUGGAAUUCGUUUCGCACCUGCGCCACUUGGAUGCUCUAGAAGAGAAGCAGGCUGCUUCAAAGCGACUCUCCACAGAAGGUGGCGGCCGCAUGAGUGAUCGUCGAUCCCAGCAGAUUUUAGGUCUCAUGCGUAUUGUUGCAGUGACGCAGCAGCGGAACUAUCUCAUUAUACCAGAUCUUUACCUCAUGGUCUACUGCUGCUGGAAGACCCGCGCAGAAUGGGAACAGCUGAGCAAGUGGUGGCUUCUCAAGAUCAAAGCAGAGCUGCGCAUGGCAACUGGAUCUGACAAAGACAAGCACAACCCAAAGGGGCACCUUUGGUUGUCCCCGAGCGUAAUCCACGAGCUUGAGCAGGAGUUCAAGGGGAGGCGUGCCGAAGAUGAUGGUGCUUGGAAGAAACUGGUGCUAAGCCAGGUCUUCUCAGAUGCAAAGGAGAAGAUGCUAGAGAACAAGCAGGCGUUGGAGGAGGCACGAAAGAUUCGUGAGGAGCAAAUGAGAUUGCAGCGAGUCACUGAAGAGGAGGCCCGCAAAGUGGAGAGGCAAAAGGAGGAGGAGAAACUUGCGGCAGCCGCAAAGAGGGUAGCUGACCAGCAGCAGGCAAACGAAAUGCUCAUCAGAAAGUCGGAACUGAUGGACAUGGAGCAGAAGGCACAGCGAGAAGCAUGCAAUGCACAGGCAAAGUUGCUUGAGAAGACGAAGAGCCAUCUUAAGGAGCUGGCCAAGACUGAGCAGGAGAUGGCCCGACGGCAGGCAGAGGUGAAUGCGCAACAGCGACAGCACCUGGAGGCCAACCAGAGGAAGAUCGAAACAGAUAAAAAAAAAUACGACAACACAGUAGAACUGAGCCAGCUCAUUAAGGCCAGAAACCCCCAAAGGGAUCUGCCCAGAGUACGAGCUCUUCUCAGUGGCGAUGGUAACAGUUCCUGCGCGGCUAACAUCAACCUCAUGACGAGCUCAUCAAGUGGCUAUGGAACCGGAAACACUUGUUUCACUUGGGCCGUUCGACAUGCUCAAGUGGAGUAUCUGCAGGAGAUGCUGAACCCAGUUCACGAACCCGAUCUUCAGUGGAUGGACGGAUCGGGGGACCCACCGCUCUGCAUGGCGAGACAUGUGAGCGAUAAGAAGGACAGAGAUGAGAUCAUAUCUGCUCUUUGCCAGGCCAAGUGUGAUGUGAACCAAGCCAACGGGCAAAACGGAAAUACUCUGCUGCACUACAUGGCUAAAGCUGGUGAAACUUCAUCCUGCAAAAUCUUGUUGGAAAGCUUCAAAGCCAGCGCUUCCAAGAAGAACAAUGCGGGCUCCACAUGCAAAGACCUUGCACGCGGCAACUCCCAGAUGGAGGGGUUGUUCCGCAACUACAAAUGA